AUGGACUACAUUGAAGAUUGGGUGGAUCGAGCAAUGUCUUGUUUCUACAGAGAUCGUGACAAAGACGAUCCUGGAAAGGCACACGUUCACGACGAUGUCAUUUUUGCACCGCCAGCGCCAUUGGAUCCGGCAAAAGUGGAUAAGGAUUUCGAGUGUCUUGUGAAAGAACUUGGGCUCAGCGAGGAAAAGCAACAAGAAAUGCAUGAUUACUCAAUGGAGAAGAAGAUGUCGCUCUUGGUUUCACAGCAUUGUCUCCAAACGGAAGACGCCUCUCACUUCAUAGGGUUCCUCAAGAAUUUGCAACAAUCAUUCGUCAUCGAUUCGAACACAAUCAGACAGCUUCAGGAUUUGGUUAUCUCGUUGAGGACACAAAAUUAUAGCUACCUCGAAAGUUUCCUCUCGGCAUCUGGACUAAAACUGCUCACCGAACUUCUGAAUCAGUGUCAUCAGCAGUACGCACUAGAACAGCCGGCACUGUUCUUCCUGUAUGCUCUACGUGCUUUGUUGAAUUCACCGAACGGACGAGCGGCAGUCCUACACGAUGAGCAGCACGUGCUGGUGAGCAUCGCAAGAUCUGUCGAUUUUCGAGAUUUCAAGUGCAAGCCAGAUUACCUGCCAGAACCCCCAACAUAA